AUGUUUACGAAACUCAUUCGUGUGUGUGGUGGAUGUGAGUGUGUGUUGGUACGUCAAACUGUCACAGAAAGCAAAAUAAGUAUUUUUCUUUCGACCAGAGCAAAAAUAUCAAGCGAAUCUUCAUUUCAUUGUUUGGUGUGAAUAAGGUACGUGCACACAUCCGUCAAAAUAUUGAUGAAAUUUUUUUUUCUUCAUUGAAUCGAGCAAGAAAAAAAAUCACACACAUAUUUGAAAGAUACGCAAUAAACCAAAUAAAAUUCAAUUCGAGUGGAGAUUAAGAAAAGUGCGAGAACGAGUGAAACACAAAGAGCUGCAGAAAGAGAGUAAGACAGAGAAAGAGAGAGAAAAAAAACACAUUAAGUAAACGUAGAAAUAUGAGCAUUUAGUGUUGUGUUGAAGGAACGAAGUUCAGUGAAGCAAAGUUGAGCAGUUGAAUUGAUUGCUGUGAUUAGAAUCGAUCAUCGAAUUGAGAAAGCAAAGAGAGAGACGAGGAACAAAAACAAACACUAAAUCAAAAACAAAAAUGUCGUCGCCAAGUGCAGGAAAACGUCGCAUUGAUACUGAUGUCAUAAAGUUGAUAGAAAGUAAGCACGAAGUCACCAUCAUCGGUGGUCUCAAUGAGUUUUGUGUCAAAUUUUUCGGCCCAAAGGGUACACCGUACGAAGGUGGCGUUUGGAAAGUUCGUGUACACCUACCCGACAAUUAUCCAUUCAAAUCGCCCAGCAUAGGUUUUAUGAAUAAAAUAUUUCAUCCAAAUAUUGAUGAGGUAUCGGGGACAGUGUGCCUGGAUGUCAUCAAUCAAACAUGGACUGCACUCUAUGAUCUAUCGAAUAUAUUCGAACAAUUUCUGCCGCAGCUGCUCACAUAUCCCAAUCCACAGGAUCCACUGAAUAGCGAAGCAGCCGCCCUAUUUCUACACACACCAGACGAUUACAGUAAACGGGUGUCCGAUUAUGUGAAGCGUUUUGCUACCGAAGAAGCCUUACGCGAACAAACCGAAAACGAAAGUUCAGACAGCGAAUCGAGCAUGUCUGAUUUUAGCGAAAAUGUUGCCGAAGAUAUGGAGCUGUAACGUAAAACAACAGCAGCCAACAAUUCUUUUGGUGUUGCGUAUCCAAAGCGAAUGUUUCUACUGCCAUUGACUUUCGUUUAGAGCAACCGAUAAUUUCGAUGAUAUUCUUAAGACGACAUCAACAACAACACUCAAACAAACUUACAUAUGAUGUGGAAGCCCAAAAAUCAUGGAAUCUUUACUGUAAUACACCCCUCACAACCACACUAUAUUUCUACUUUUUCUUUGCGCUUUUUUUCUCACAAACAAACACACAACCGAAAUCGAUAGCAGCCAGUCCUUUUCUCUAGUAGUCUUAUUUUUAUCCGUAAUAAUUUAAUGAGUUGUACAUUUCAUAGCUCUUUUUCUCUUCUUUUUUCUCCUUUUUUCUCUUCAACGCGAUCGCCUCAUCGUUUGUUAUUUAAUUUCGUUUUUACCCGCAAUAUUGUUAAGAUUUAAGAGAAUAAAGAAAAACAAAACAAGGCGAAUACCAUUAAUUAUAUAUAUGUAAAAGAAGAAAGAACCGUUUUUUUUGUAAUCAUAUUCGAACGAUUGCAGAAUUAAAAAAAAGUUUGAAUUUAAACCUAUUCGAUAAGAUGAAAGAAAAUUAAUAAUGAUAAUAAAUAACAAAUCGAAUGUUUGAAAGAAUAAAAAAAAAACAAAAACAAGCUCUUAACCUUGAAUUUUGUACACAUUAAAAUAGAAUAAAGAAUAAACUAAAUAUCUAGUAGCUGAACAAA